CAUUCGCCCGGCGUUAUUUAAUUGGUGAGUACAUUUCCAAAAUUUCCACCAAGUGCGCAUCAAAUCAGAUUUCUUUUCAAAAUUUGAACUUUUCGGUAGUAAAGUCAAAAACAAGUGCAUGUACCUUGCGGUGGCGUUGAUCAUUAUUGUUGCGAGUUUGGUCAAACUGCACGUAGCAUAAACGACAUUUCUCUACAGCCAAUACAAUAUGUUCGGAAUGGGCCCCCAAGAAACUCUGGUUUUGGCGAUAAGCAUCGUCGGGGCAAUGGGGUUUAUCCCCCAUGGUUCUAUUGGGGAAAAGGAGCCUAUGUUAACCGAAGCUUUACUUCGUGAAGUGGUGGAGCGCAUGGGCAAGGAGUUCAACGAGGCGGCGUCAGGAUACCUGGAGUUCCCUCAGAGCGAACGCCACUUGGCGCUCAUGGCGCGCGCCUCCAAGGACCUGGAGAAUGAGCAGCUGGACUACGACUCGCUGAUCAAUGGCGACCCUAGCCCGAGCUUGCGCGACCAGGAGUAUCUGCAGCACAGCUCCCUCUGGGGCCACCAGUACGUCACCGGCGGCGCUGGCGAGGGCCAACAGCGGCUGCAGCCGUCGGGGUUGGUCCCCAACCGUCAGAUGGUCAAGACCGAUGCUGUGCUGCCCGCCUACUGCAAUCCGCCCAAUCCCUGCCCCGUCGGAUAUACUGAAGACCAAGGUUGUCUGAUCGAGUUCGAGAACACGGCGGCGUUCAGCCGCGAGUACCAGCUGUCGCAGCGCUGCAUGUGCGACGCGGAGCACAUGUUCGGCUGCCCCGAGCCCCAGUCCGACCUGGAGCUCAGGUUUCCUGAACACAAGAACCUCGUCGCUAAGAAGUAUAAGCCCGAUGUAGAAAACCCGUAUCUCAUGGGCGAGCGCCUUCCGAUCGCAGCCAAAAAAGGUUUCGAUGUGAAUUCUUAUUAAUAUACUUACUGAAUUGUUAAUUAUUACAACAUCUUAGACGGGUCUUAUACCAGUAUCCGUUAGUUGAAUGUCAGAUUAAAAGUGUUUUACUAAGUGUGUCCAUUAACUUGCUGAUUCUAAUUAGAUAUAUUUCAGACAAUUUUUAAGCAAAAUUAUAGUUUUGAAAGCUAAGCAACUACUGUUUCUAAAAAAUCGUUUGGAUAAAAACCACAGCGUCUAUAAGACGAUAUUUUAUUGUAUUGUAUUCAUGCAGUAUGCGCUGCAACCUCAUAGGAUGUCAAUGGUAAAACCAUAGAUAAUAUUCUAGUCAACUUAUUUAUUCUUAACUUACCUAUUGAAAUUUACGAGUUUUAAUCCAUAAGCAUUAAACGAACUUUGUUUUGAAAUUAUUUGCGUUAGAUUUUAUUAUUUCUGUUUUACUAAUAGCUUGAUUUUGAAAAAACAUUGCCAAGUUUGACUAAUAACGUAAUGUAGGUAAGGUAAACGUACUGGUGCUCGACGCGGUCCCAGUACAUGUCAUCUUGAAACUUAAGUCAUUGCCAAUAGAGAUGACAGCAAGGUGUCAUCUAUUGAGCAUUAGCAUGUCGAGCACUAGUACGUUUACCUUAUGUAAAUUGUGAAAGAAGCAACAAUACAUGUUCCCGUAAGCUUAAUCUUAGAGUUAAAAGUUUAAAAUGUACAAAUGUUGCCGUAAACUCUAUAUCGGAUGAAAACUGUAGGUAUUUGCAUAGUCAUCGCAUAUGUAUAACAUUAAAUUACCGUUUUAUACAGUUACGUUUCUGACAUUAAUUAAGUAAUUAAUUAUUAUGAACAUACUUAACUAUAAAGUGCUAAUUUUAUAUUCUUAAGACGAAAGUGGAGGGCCCGCACAAAAUCGCCUUUUCAUACAAACGUAGUCCUCAUUUUUCUCUCUGGAAAUUAAAAUUAAUGAAAACAUUUUGACACAAUUUGUUUUACAUCAACCACAGCUAAGAUUGGUUGUUUUCGAAUUUCAAGUAUUAUAACACUUAGGAGCAUUUUUUUAUGAAAUCUGUGUUCAUAACGCUCGCUCCUAAUUUUUACAGUAAUCAAAAUCUCGAAAAAAGUCUAAAGUAAGGCAUAACCAUAGUUAACAUCCAAUUAUCUAAAACUAUAUUUUCCAUACUGUCCAUUUCCAGAGAGGAAAAUGGAGAUGGAAUACGUUUGUAUGGAGAAACGGCCGUCCCCUUUCCUCUUAAUAAGGCUUUUAUUGUGCUAAGUGUAACGUUGACGAUGCUGUGAACUUUAUUAGAUGUAUAUAAGUAUAACUAACUUUA